AUGUUAAUUAAAAAUGGUGCUUAUGUCAAUCAAUGUGAUAUAUAUGGAUUCAGUCCUCUAUACACAGCUUGUGAAUUAGGACAUAAAACCGUAGUAAAUGUAUUGCUGGAAAAUAAAGCAGAUGUAAAUCUGUGUAACCAAGAAGGAAUAAGUCCCUUAUACAUUGCCUGCCGUAAAGGACACAUUUGCAUUGUAAAUAUAUUGCUCAAAUACGGAGCUAAAGUCAACAUAACAAGUAAAAAGAAACAAAGCCCCCUCUUUGUUGCUUGUUUCGAAAAGCACUUUAAUAUAGUAAAGGUUAUACUAAACAAGGGGGCUCAAGUUAAUCUACGUGAUGAAGACGGUUUUACUCCACUGUACGUGGCAUGCGAAUUCGGACAUAAACACAUUACACAGUUAUUGCUGAAACAUGGUGCAAUGAUUGAUCUAUGCAAUAACCAUGGAUAUGGUCCUCUAUAUAUAUCUUGCCAGAACGGUCAUAAAGGCAUAGUACAGCAAUUAUUGGACAAUGGUGCUGAUGUCAAUCUUUGCAAUAAGUACGGAAAAAGUCCUCUACAUGUGGCUUGUCAAGAGGGACAUAAAGAUAUAGUGAAGAAAUUACUGGACAAAGCCGCUGUUGUUAAUAUUUGCGAUACGAAUGGACAGACCCCUCUUCAUACAGCAUCGUGUCAAAAUGGUAACUCAAAUGUUGUCGAUACAUUGAUUGAGAACGGUGCUAGAGUUAAUCAAUGCAACAACAAUGGAUACACUCCCCUUUAUGUAGCUUGUGAAAAAGGGCAUGCAAACACAGUGCAACGAUUGCUGGAGAACGAUGCAGAUAUCAAUCAAUGUUGUAGAGACGAAUACAGUCCUCUCUUUAUAUCAGUUUUAAAAAAACAUGUUGACACUGUAAGUAUAUUGCUUGAUAAAGGUGCGGACAUUCGUUUGUCCACUAAAAGUGGUCAAAGCCCCUUACAUGUAGCUUGCGGUCAAGGCAAUUUUGAUGUUGUUAAACGCUUGAUAGAGAGUGGUGCUGAUAUUGAUCUACGCACUAAACGAGGCUUCACUCCUCUAAGCUCAGCUUGUUUCAGUGGCAAUGGAGAUAUUGUUCAAGUGCUUAUUGAUAGUGGUGCCGAUGUUGAUUUAUGUGCAGAAGGGUCAUACAGUCCGGUAUAUAUUGCCAGCCAAGAGGGAUAUACUAGUAUUGUAGAAAAAUUGCUGAAAGCUGGCGCAAAGGUAAAUAAAGAGAGUUACAAAGGAGGGAGUCCUCUAUAUAAAGCAUGCAAAAGGGGACAUAUUAAAACAAUUCAGUUUCUACUUAACAAUGGUGCAAAUGUUAAUCAAUGUAGAAAAGACGGGUACAGUCCUCUUUGUAUAGCUAAUCUAGAGGGGCAUUACGAUGUUGUUAAGCUCUUACUGGAAAAAGAAGCAAAGUUUGAUAAAAAUUAUACACAAGGACCAACUCCUUUGCAUUUAGCAGCACAGAGAAAACAUUGUGAAAUUGAAAACUUACUAAGUGGAUCCCUUAAAUCAAACAUAAAGCAAAAAGAAGACGAAGGGUUUGAAGGAAUUGAUAAUGGUUCAGAUCCAUUGGUUGCUAUUAGCUAUCUUGGUACUGAAGAUGAUUUUAUUUCUAUCAAUCCUAAAAGUACAAAGAGAAAAACCACUACAGAGGGGGUAGAGAAUCUUAAAUUUCGAACAGUUGAGAAAGUACCCAUUAACAGUGCUACUCAUAAUGAUGUAUCAUGGCUUGAGCAAAUAAUAUUAAGAAAUCCUUUUAAAUGUUGA